GGGGCCGGGCCGGCCGCGCGCCACCGGCCUCAGCGCCUGUCCUUGCAGGAUGAUCACCGACGUACAGCUCACCAUCUUCGCCAACAUGCUGGGCGUGUCGCUCUUCCUGCUAGUCCUCCUCUACCACUAUGUGGCCGUCAACAACCCCAAGAAGCAGGAGUGA